AUGAAUAUUGACGAAGAAUCUGACUAUGAAGAAGAUGAAUUUUUAAUUUUCGCUGAUUUCAAAAAUCAACUUGGCCCCCUUGAUUUGGAUGAAAAUAUAGCAGUGAAAAUCAUUGGACUUGAAAAGGACCCAGUCGCUGAAGUGCAUGGAAACAUAUUUAAAGGAUCCUAUGAUCACCCAAUGGGCACGUGUGUUUUCUUUGAAAAGGACACGGACGCCGCGCCGUCAGAUCCUCUAUUCGAAACUAGCUGUCGGCAGAAAUAUAAAUAUUUUGCGAAAACCAAUAAAGUUAUAAAUUUUGAACGUAUAUACGUUGAACCGAAAUGCGAUGAAACCAUGAAUAAUCUAUCUAAUACUAUAAUAUCACCAGAAAAAAGUGAAGACAAUGAAAAAGAGCAACUUAAAAUACAGACUGAGGAUGAUAAACUUCGGAUUAAUAUUUCAUAUGAAGAUGCUAUAAAGCAAUUUCAAUCGUGUGAUGAAAACAAUUAA